AGUUAUUUUAACCUAACUCGAAUCAAAGCCGCGAGUCCCCGCGAAUAGAACUUGAAACUCUCUCUCCGUCUCCCCUUUUUCCAGCGAGGCAGCGGCGACGCUGAAAAAAAUUAGGGUUUGGACAAGCAACAACCGAAGCAAUUCGCUGCGUAGAUUUGCUCUCAUUCUCCAUUUCGCCACUUCGUUGCCUUGCAAGCUUUCUAUAUUAGAUACAUAAAAUGCCAAGGACAAGGGAAAAUGCUGGUUCAAGUGCAUCUGAGAAGCCUGUGGAGUCAGAAGAACAGGUGAACCUUGAUGAAGACAAUGAUCAUGAGGAGAUGAUAGAGGAAGAGGUUGAGUAUGAAGAAGUAGAGGAAGAGAUAGAAGUGGAAGAAGAAGAGGAAGAAGAAGAGGUGGAAGAGGAGGUAGAGGAGGAGGAAGAGAACACUGAGGUUGCUGAUCAUGAUGAGGAGACGGAAGUUGUGGAGAGAGAAGAAGAUGAAAAAAAGAAGCAUAUGGAGCUUCUUACGCUUCCUCCUCAUGGAUCAGAGGUCUACCUUGGUGGCAUUCCUCAUGAUGCUUCUGAAGACGAUUUGCGAAACUUUUGUGAAUCUAUAGGAGAAGUCACAGAGGUUAGGAUAAUGAAGGGAAAGGAUUCAGGUGAGGCCAAAGGUUAUGCUUUUGUGACCUUCAGAACUAAAGAGUUGGCAUCUGAGGCUAUGGAGAAGCUGAAUAAUUCUGAGCUAAAGGGGAAAAGGAUCAGAUGCUCAUCAUCUCAAGCAAAGCAUAAGUUAUUCAUUGGUAAUGUCCCUCGAAAUUGGGGGGAGGAGGAUAUGAGGAAGGUUGUUACUGGAAUUGGUCCUGGAGUUACCAUUAUUGAACUGUUGAAGGAUCCGCAGAACUCCAGCCGGAACCGGGGGUUUGCUUUCAUUGAGUAUUAUAAUCAUGCAUGUGCUGAAUACUCUAGACAGAAGAUGUCUAAUCCAGCCUUUAAGCUUGAUGAUAAUGCUCCAACUGUGAGCUGGGCUGAUCCUAGGAAUUCAGAUUCUUCUGCUUCUUCUCAGGUUAAGGCAUUGUAUAUCAAGAAUUUACCAAAAGAUAUAACUCAGGAUCGCCUGAAGGAGCUGUUUGAACAUCAUGGAAAGAUCACAAAAGUGGUCCUUCCACCUGCAAAACCAGGACAAGAAAACAGCAGAUAUGGUUUUGUACACUUUGCAGAGAGGUCAACUGCAAUGAAAGCAUUGAAGAACACUGAGAAAUAUGAAAUUGAUGGUCAAGUUUUGGAGUGUUCUCUUGCAAAGCCACAAGCGGAUCAAAAGUCUUCGGGAGGAUCUAAUUUGCAGAAGCCAUCCAUGAAUCCAACCUUCCCACCUCAACUUGGAUAUGGUUUAGUGGGAAGUGCCUUAGGAUAUGGUCAUGCAGGCUUUGGACAGCCAAUGAUCUAUGGCAGAGGACCAACUCCUGCUGGAAUGGCAAUGAUGCCAAUGCUUUUGCCUGAUGGAAGGAUUGGAUAUGUACUACAACAACCUGGAGUGCAACCUCACACCCCACCACCACAAUCUCACCGUGGCAGAGGUGCUAGUGGUAGCUCAAGUGGAGGAAGGCGCGGUGGCGGUGAUAGUAGCCGAGGACGCAGCCGGUAUAAUCCAUACUAAGUUAAUUUCUGGUAGCUUGAGUGGGUAAAGGCAUAGCGGCACUGACAGGUGAGCUUACUCGCAAUUGGUGUAAUGCAAACCUUAUAGUUUCUUAGUUUCUUUAUUUGACCACAAAUGAGAGGAACGGCAUGUAUCACAUCUUAACAAAGCAGAGUUGUUGUAAAAGUCUUAACUUUUUGGAUCUGUUUGUCAAAAGUUUUUUUUUUUUUGGUGAAAGAUCGGUUUGUCAAAAGUUGAAUGAAUGCUAUUUUGGUUU